CGACACCUCCAAUCUUCGCGCAGUUGUAGUUUGCUCGCGACGUGGGCCGGACGUAGUGGACAGUGUGCAAAUUGUGUGUUUUCUGGAAAAAGUCUUGGUGAAAAAUUUUCGAAAUGACGUAUGACAUCCCCAACGUGGAGUUACUAAAUCCAAAGGAGGGGGGAGAUAUUACAUACAUGGACAUGGUGGAAGAGAAAGAAUCCAUGGGAGAGUCUCAGAUCCAGAAAAUGUUCGCAGGAUCUUCUGUCUUCUUGACUGGAGGCACAGGAUUUCUUGGAAAGCUACUUUCGGAGAAAUUGUUGAGAUCAUGUCCAGAUAUCAAGAAACUGUACAUGCUGGCGCGACCAAAGAAGAACAAGGACACCACCAAAAGAAUACAGGAACAAUUUGAUGACGUGCUCUACGAUAAACUAAGGAAAGAGAGGCCCAACUUCAUUCAGAAGAUCGUGGUGGUAGAAGGAGACGUGGGUCAAAUUGGCCUCGGCAUGAACGAGCAGGAUAGGCUCAAAGUUAUGAACGAUGUGGAAUUCAUCUUCCACGGAGCAGCGACCGUCAGGUUCGACGAGCCCUUGAAGACGGCCGUGGAAAUCAACGUCAGGGGCACCAGGGAGAUCUUCCAGCUGGCCAGAGCGUGUGGCAAGCUGAAGGCAGUUGUCCACAUUUCUACUGCUUACAGUAACUGCGCCCUCAACACGAUAGACGAGAAGUUUUACACCAGCAUCAUGCCUGGAGACAAGCUCAUCGACCUGGUCGAGACCAUGGAUGAGAAAAUCAUCAACAACAUCACUCCAGGGUUACUUGGUGACUUCCCAAACACGUACGCGUACACCAAAUCAGUGGCAGAAAAUAUAAUCAUGGAAUACUCCAAGGGACUGCCCGUAGCAGUCUUCAGACCCGCUAUUGUUAUUGCAACAGUGAAAGAACCUGUGACUGGGUGGAUCGACAACGUUUACGGACCUACUGGUGUGGUAGUAGGAGCAGCCAUAGGCCUCCUCCACGCGCUCCACUGCGAUCCCAAAGCGAUCGCCGACUUGGUUCCAGGGGACAUGGUGGUCAACGCCUGCAUUGCAACUGCCUGGAAGACGGCUAAAGAGUACCCUGGGAACCAUGAAGAUGCGCCACCACAGGAUCUCCCGCCGCCUGUGUAUAACUACGUAUCGUCUGAACAGAAUCCACUGACAUGGGAGAAGUUCAUGUCGUACACAGAGACGAACGGUCUCGACGUGCCACCGAGUCAAGCCGUGUACUACUACCUGUUCAAGCUGACUGCUUCAAGGUGGCUCUACACGAUGUACUGCUUCUUUCUGCAUUGGCUACCGGCGUACAUCAUCGACGGAAUCGCUAUGCUUAUUGGGAAGAAGCCUAUGUUAAGAAAAGCCUACACGAAAAUAUCGAAAUUCUCCGAAGUGCUCGCUUACUUCGCGCUAAAACAGUGGAAAUUCUACAACCGCAACACUCAGAAUCUGUUCAGCGAGCUAUGCGACGCAGACAAACGCCUUUUCGACUUCGAUAUGUCGAAUUUGAACUGGAACGAUUAUUUCUACAGCUACGUCAGAGGUAUCAGGGUGUACCUCCUAAAAGAUCCUCUGGACACUGUUCCCAAAAGUGUCACGAAACAUACUAGGCUACGUUACUUGCAUUACACCUUCUGCUGUCUAUUAUCAUUAGGAGUUUUAAGGUUGUUAUGGGGGGUUUUAAGUUAUAUGUUCAGUUUAGUUCUCUAAUUUUGUCAUAAGUUUUAAGGUAAUGUUUGAAGACUAUUGAAUCAGUUUUAGGGUCUGUUGUAUUUAAAUUCAAUUGAUAAUUUUGUUAAUUGCAAUAAACAGUGUGUACAGGGCUAAAAAUAUACUUUAUUGUGUUUAAAAUGUUUGCUAUAGGGCUACAAUUUGUAAUCCCAAACUUUCUAAUGCAGUUUUUUUCUGCCUGAACUAAAAGAUAGAUAUAAGUUAAAUAUUCAAGAACUCCUUAAAGCCCUCUGGGGGCAAUUCUUUGAAGUUUGAGAACCAGAGACCACAUU